GUACGAUUAACUAAAAUUGGCACAUUCGCUCUCGCUUCAACUCGUACAAAAAGGCGCAGCAAAUUUAAAUCCCAUCGAUCGGAGUCGACGCCGAGCGUGAGCCAUUGGUGUGUGAGUAGCUAAAUCGUCAAAAAUACGACGUAUGUUCAGGUGACUGGGGUGUUUGAAUUUUCUUGAUAAAUUUUGCGAUCGACGGACAUGUCUUAUUGAUUACUUUGCGAAGCCUUCCAAAGCGUGACAGUUAUCCACUACAAGUCAAACAACAAAGUCGAAACCGUACCGAAAGCAUUUAUUUCAAUAGCCGAGAGUAAGAAAAGAAAACUUGAUGACGAGUGUUGGCAAUUUCAAGAAGAAUGGUAUUUGAAAUAUUUUUUUGCAAAACAUGGGAAAAAAGCGCUGUGUGUCAUCUAUAACGGAACAGUGUCUGUGAUGAAGGAUUACAACCUACGUCGUCAUUAUCAAACCAAACGUGAGGAGGAAUAUGGUCAGUUGAAGGGACAAGAACGAACCGAACGGUUUUCCAAGCUAUACCACCAAAUUUCGUCUCAAAAAGCGCUGUUCACCAAAUUAUCUACUGAAAACGAAUCUGUGACUAACGCCAGUUACAAAGUUGCGUAUAUCUUGGCUAAAAGAGGUAAACCGUUUACAGAUGGUGAACUAGUGAAGGAGUGUAUGUUGGAAGUAGCACAAGAACUGUGUCCAGAUAUGCUUAAAAAAUUCUAAAAUUUGUCUUUAAGUACCAAUACCAUUGCACGUCGUGUGGAAGAUAUUGGUGAAAACAUUGUAGAUCAACAGAAAAAAGUGCAAAAAUUUUUCGAUAUUUUUCAAUUGCAAUGGACGAAUCGUUGGACAUUUCAUCAACCUAGCAGCUUCUUGUGUUCAUCAGAGUGGAUGAAAACCUGAAUGUAUUGCCAUGCAUAGCAUGUAUGGUACUGUUACCGGAGAAGAUAUUUUCGCUAAGCUGGUUAAAACUUUUUCGGAAUACAAUUUAGAUUGGAGUAAUUUUAGUUGUUUAACUGUUGAUGGAGGAAAAAAUAUGAGUGAUGUGAAAAAAGGUUUGGUUGGACUAGUAAAGGAGGAGUGCAAAAAAAGAAAUGUUCCUCAGCCUAUGUUCAUCCACUGUAUGAUUCACCAGCAAGCGUUGUGCGCUAAAUAUUUAGAUAUUAGCUGUGUAGUUCAUCCCGUAGUUAAAAUAGUGAAUUUCAUUCGAUCACACGGUCUGAAUCAUAGACAGUUUAGAAGCUUGUUGAAAGAUAAUGAAACGGAUUAUCCAGAUAUGCCUUAUUGCACAGCAGUACGAUGGCUAAGUUGUGCAAAACUUUUAACCAGAAUGCUUGAAAUAAGAAAGGAUGUUACGGAGUUUUUAGAAACAAAGGGCAAACCAGAACCGUUGCUACGUGAUGAAAACUGGGUAUGGAAAUUGGCAUUUGCAGCAGACAUAACAACUCACUUGAAUUUACUGAAUCUUAAACCUCAAGGACAAGACAAUCUUAUUUCCGACUUGUACACUCAUAUUAAACCAUUCAGACUUAAACUUACUUUAUUUUUAGAACAGCUACAGAUAAUAAACUUAACACAUUUUCCACAGUGUCAAAAAUUUAAAGGGCAAGCAAAGGCAGAAUUCCCAGUUGAUUAUGCAUUUGAUUUAAUAACCAACCUGCAAAAGCAGUUUAGUGAAAGGUUUUCUGAAGUAGACGAAAAAGCUUCAGAAAUUAGAAUUUUUCAAAAUCCAUUCGAAGCAGUUGUUUUGGAUUGUCCCUAUGAACUGCAGUUGGAGUUCAUCGAAAUUCAAGCGAAUGAUAACCUGAAAGAUAAAUUCAAAGAAGGACUAAUUGAUUUAUACAAAUUUUUACCGAAAAAAGAUUUUCCAAACAUGAGGGAUUUUGCAUGUAAGUACAUUUCACUGUUCGGAACAACAUAUUUGUGCGAACAAAUAUUUUCACGCAUGAAAUACGUAAAGAAUAAUUUGAGAUUCAACUUAACGGACAAACACAUGGAAUCUAUAUUGACGAUAGGAACGUCAAAUUUGAAACCCGAAUUAUCCGCAAUUACAGCAUCCAAGAAACAAUGCCAACAUUCGCAUUAAUUUCAAAAGAUUAAUACAGAAAAGUGCAAAUUGAAUUCAACUAAAACGUUUAAGAAAUCAAGACAACGUGAAAUAUAGUGACAAUGUAAAAUAAAGAACUAUAAAGACAAAAAUAAAGAACAAAUAUUGUGAGUAUAAUUUGCAUAGAACUUAUUUUAUAAAAUUAUUUCAAUUCAGCUAUUUGAUUAUUCAAAAUUAUAAUUAUUUUCUCAAACAACCACAUCCG